AUGAACGUCGAACGGCGUUUUCUGCUCUGGGGAAUCAGGUCCUCUAACAAUCCUGUCAACCUGCAAGGCACCCUCAUCGGCGAUCGUGACGUGCUGAAGGCAUGGAAGAAGGAGCUUGAACGCAAGAUCAACCUCUCAGACGAUACGGGGAGCGAUUUCUUGGCAAAUGGCACCGAGUUCGACGCAAUCAAGCCUGGUGAAGUUAGCGCUUAUCCUUCCUUCAUCAAAGGUCUCAACGCGCUCGUUGCUUCAUUCCCUGACCAGAAGAGGCUGUCGUUCUUCGACUGUCAUACCCAAUCUCAGCGGUUCCCCUACGCCGAUUUCGCCUCUAACCACCACAAGUCCUAUCCGGACAUCGCUGUCUCUUUUCCUGGUCAGAUCCUGGACGCCGAGACCUCACAUCUCGACUGGCCACGGUUUUCCAUGAUCGUCGAACUGAAAGCCGAAAAUGAGGAUCCUUUUUGCGGCAAAGGCCUCCAGUACUGCGGGACGCUUGUCCAGCUCGCUGUGAAUGCUCGAAACCUCCUGCAUGCUCACAGCCUCCUUGCUGCCUUUGUCAUUGGUGUUUACGGCGACAUGGUGCGCAUUGCUCGCUUCGACCACGCUGGUGCUAUUUUCUCCCAAUCCCUGUCGCUGCGUGUGGUCGAUGACCUCCGCAUCAUCCAACGAUUUUUCUGGAAUUUUGCCCACCCCAACGACGGCGAAACAGUGGUGGGCUGCGACCCGACCGUUCGCAGGCUGACGCCUGAUGACGAGGAAUGGCUCAAGCAUCGGUUGGAGCUCGCCGGGGUGAGCACUGAGGGGCUCUUGUCCUCCGAAGCCCGUCGGGCCGAGGUCUUCAAUGACGAUGUGUCAGGGAAUGCGGGUGUGUCCGCUGCAUACAUCCUCUUCAAGGCGCUCGACGUCAACGACCGUCUGUUCUCUCGAGCGACCACCGUGUGGUUGGGAAUCUGUGACACCCGUAGCUUGGUUAACGGUCGCCUCGUUGACCUUUCUGUGGACAGCAUUCCGGCGGAAGACCUGAAGGUGCGGAUUGUCAAAGACGCGUGGCGACCAGUUGUUCGACGUUCGGAGAAGGAUUUCUAUGCACGCCUGUCAAGGGUACCUCCGGCUGAGCGCGUGGGGGUUCCUAGUCUCGUCUGCGGUGGGGAUCUGGGAGAGCGUGAGCAGACGUUCACCUGGCGUCAAUCUCGGGGGUCUGAGUAUUGGCAUCGCGAACGAAGCCAUAUGCGCUUCGUGGUCGACAAAGUUGGACGACCUCUGAUCAAGUUCCGGAACACUCGGGAGAUGACAGCUGCCAUUCGGGAUGCGAUUCGGGGACAUCGUGUUGCUAUGACCCGCGCGGGCAUCCUCCACCGGGAUGUGAGCGUCAACAACAUACUCAUCGUCGACGACCCUGUAGAACAAGAUUCAUUCACCGGUUUCAUCCAUGAUUUCGAUUAUUCCUCUAUGAGUCGCGAGUUCCCAGCUGCCAACAUGGCUUCACUAUUUUCUGAGCUCUUGCUUGGCGACAACGAUGGCGGUGAGCUUCAGAAGAGAACGGGAACGUUCUACUUCAUGGCUAUCCAGCUCCUGAGCGAUGAAGGCGAUAUUCAUGGGCCACACCACGACUUGCAGUCGUUCUACUGGGUGAUCCUCUGGGUCGUCCUUCGCCACACAGAUCACACUCAUCCCAAGGGUGAUGAAGCUUGCCCGUACAUCUUCGAUCGUGGCGAGCGGGCUUCCCUUGCCGCGAAAUACAGCUGGCUCUCUGGAUGCCUCCGCAAGGAUCUCUGCGUACGCGACAACGUCCCCUUGACCGUUCUCCUGAAGGAGUUCGGAGAUUUAUGUGUCCAGAAGUUGUUGUCGGACGACCAGCCGCUCGACUACGAUGAGGUACUUGCGAUCUUCGACAAAGUACUAGAUUCGGACGGGUAUCGGGAUCUAUGGCCCGCGAAGGAUGCGCCCAAGGCCUACAAGCUUCCAGACACUCGCAUCAAGGACGAGCUCUCCUCAGGGCAGCGCCUUAGGGCCUCUAAACGGAAACGGGAGGCCGAGAAGGCCUGUGGGACCAGAAGCGAUUCAGAAACCGACAUGGAUGAUGAAACCAAGGACUUCGAACCCUAUGACGAGAUCCGCAGGCGCCCCCUGCCUGGCCGCGAUGGCUACGCAAAUUCCGUUGGUGCCUCCAACCCCGGCCGCCUGAUCGAGACCGACCCUUCGUUCACCCUUUGCAGCCCCACUAGAAACUACGAUGUUCCUUUGAUGGAGGCCUGCGAGGUCGAGGCGAUUCUAGACUGCUCCGACUCUGAAGAUCAGCCGGAUGACGCCCCCGACAGUAGCCCCAUCCAAAGGGCUAAGCGUCGAAAGACAGCUGUAUCGGGACCCCGAACCAGUGCAUCUAGCACGAAGGCUUCCACGACUUUGGUCGGCACGUCGGGGAGCUCUCUAGCGAAGAGGGUAUCUAUGAGAGAGCUCAACUCGCUCGACCAGUCUACUGUCGACGUGGAGUCCUGGCGCGGCGCAACGAGCAACACCCGAUCCGUGGGCGGUGGUGCGGCUGGCCCGUCUCGAAUCCAGCCUGGCAGGAACGAGAGAAGCAUCCCGCAAGCGUCAAGCAACGCGAGGGCGGGUCGUGCCCGUGCUACGCGCGGCCGUCAGCGUAGCGGGAAAGAGAAGGCAAUGCGAACUGAAUGA